AUGAACCUGCUCGUUGUCUUCGUGCUCAUCGCAGCAAUUUCGGCCGACCAUCAACUGCUCCCGAAGAAAUCAGUGGCCCGCGACCCGAACACGGUGCUCGUUUUGUUCGGCACCCGCCACGGAAACCGUCAUCCCGAAAUUUUCCUGCAGGAGAAUCCGAGAAGUUGGGGACACGAGGGAAACACCGAACUCACUUCCGUAACCUAAAAAAAAUACUUGUUGAGAGUAUGAAAUUGAAAUUGCAGUUCGGAAAGCGUCAGGGACUCGGACUCGGCAAGGAAUUGAGAAAGUUUGUCGGAAAACUGGUCGUUCAAAACUACAACUCGUCGGAAGUCAAGUACUACUCGAGCUCGGCGAACCGAUGUCAGAUGACGCUGCAGACGGUCACCGCCGCGAUCCACGAUCCGGAGCAGUGGGGAGACUGGGAGCAACGGUGGUACGACCACUGGUCCCCGGUUCCGUAUGCGAUCGACGAUCCGCUUCUGAGGAUGUAUGCGGUCGAGGAGUGCAAGGGAAACGAUAAGGGUCGGUUGGAAACUGUUGGGGGAGGGCCGCAGAUUUUCGACAUUUUCAGUGUGGGGCCCAAUCUCGAAGGACACGCUGCCGGCGCUCAAGAACCGAAAGAGCAAGGACGCGGCGGUGCUCAAGUACCUGGCCGAAAACACGAAAUGGGACAUGGCCAACCUCGGAAAGGCUGCCGAUUUGGCCGACAAUCUCAUCGAAAUCGAUCUGUACAAGGCGCAGUAUCCCGAGUGGAUCAAGUCGCCCAAGAUCGCCGGAUACACGGCCGAAAAGUUGAAGGCCAAGAUUCUCGAGUACGCGGAAAUCCAUCAGAAUGCGUGUGCGGAUUAUGCGCCGUGCGGGAAUCUGAUGGCCGGCUACUGGCUUCAGGAUGUGAUCAACAAGUUGGUGAAGGCCAACGACGGAAAGGGACAGAAACUCAUCGGAUUCGCUUCGGUGAGAUAACCUACAAAGGAUACUUUUGGAUGGAUUUUGGAAAAUUCUGACUAGUUUUGACCAAGGCAGAAAGAUGUAAACAGGAAAUCUGAAAUUGCAGCACACAGAAGUGACGCUUUCCCUGAUGAGACUGAUGGGAUACGUGAAGGACGAGUUGACGACCUCCGCCGGAUUCGUCGUCGAAUUCAAGCGGCUGCCGAAACCGGCGGUCCGUCUCCUCAACCACGAUCCGAAUCCGAUCGACGAGCACGUCAUCUACCCGGCCAAAUUGGCGCCGAAGCUCCAGGCCGUCGUCGACAAGGACGGAUUCAUCCCCCUCGCGCAGUUCUUCGCCUUCGCCAAACCUUUUGUGAGUUUCAGCCAGUCUUUCAACAUGCAACAGAAUGUUUUGAGGCGUUCUCCGAUUGGAAGGCUGCUUGCAACAAGGCUUAA